GAUGAAUUUCAGGUUAUGAAAGUGUCAUUUUUUAGAUUGCGUGACGUUGUACCUAAAUUUGCAUUGUCGCGUCGGUAUGCUAAUCCAUUAUGGGUCACGCUAUUGGUCCUAUUGUCAGCGGUUGUUAUGUGGUACCGCAAAAUUCCGGUUAUAAGCCUUGGGUUUAUACAGCUUCAUAAGGGUUUUUGUGGGCUUAUAAAAGCGGCCUAAAAGCGGAAUAGUUUUUUUUUUUGUUGUUUUUGUUUUGUUUUUUUCAGUUUACAUGGUCCUAUAAGCGUGGUGCAGAGCUUAAACUGGAGUUUUACGGUUUUUGUCUCACGGAGUAAUACAUUGCUUUAUUUAGAUUUUCCUAUGUAUAGCCCAGUUAUGUUCAAAGACCUUGAUGCCUUUUGCCUAUAAGUUUAUUUUAUUUAAAUUGUUUAUCGUAUUUUUUCUUAUAGCUUUUCCAACCACCUUUCAAAGAUUUAGUUAGAGUAGUGACUCGAUUUGCGGGCAAUUUUAUUUUUAACAAACUCCCCAAAUUUAUGUAAGGGAAUAUGAAUUUUCAAUUAACCUUUGGCCUUUGAAGUAUGCAGUAGUUUCCUGUUCACGCUAUCAUCGAGUGUCAAGGGAAUAUUUCGAAGCAAUUAGACCAUUCAGUCCGGAGUAGGAUAUAAUUUCACUUCUUUGAGGUCCCACGGAAUGAAUGUACUUAUCAAUAGAUGUCAAAGACUAAAAGUUCAAAGAUCUCUGUAAGAUAAAAUCCUUAAAAAGCUUGGUGAAAGCGUGCAGGAACAGUGAACAGUGAAUACUGUUUAUGCCUGAGGAGCUGAAUGAUUACAUUGAACAACUUCACGAAGAAUUGGAUGAUGUACAUGUUCAGUUUGAUGUAUUGUCGAAGGAACACAAGGAUUUAUCUGGAAGACUAGCGGAAAUCCAAUCUGGUCAACUGUCCACUGAGUCGCAACAUUAUCAACAGCUUUCUGAACUCCAAGAAAUUAAUACUGGCUUACAGCAGGAUAAUCAAAACUUGAAGGAAACGGUCAGUACACUGAAUACAUCUUUUGAGGAAAAAGGAAGCGAACUUACUGAGGCAUUGUGUGAACUUGAAGAAAGCAAGAAAGAAGCGGAAAAACUGAACUCCGAACUUAACGCGCUAAAAGAAUCUCUUGUGUCAAAGGAUAAAGAACUUGCGGAAUUGAGAGAGAGAUUGAACGUCUUUCAUGUGGAAAAGGAGACCAUGAGUCAGUCUGUGGGCCAACUGAGUGAGAACUUACAGGGAUUGAGCAGCGAGAAGGAAGAGCUAGCCUUGACUAUCGAGAGUUUGAACAAGAAUUUGGAAGAGAAGGAUAAUCGAAUAACUGAGUUAUCAGCGAGUCUUGAACAGCAGAAAAAUGAACUGGAGACGCUUAAGGAGAGUUUUAACGGUGUUUCCGAGAAGUUGGGAAGUAAAGAGGAAGAGUUUAAGAAAGCUGUUAAAGCUGUGAAACAACUGAAGCAGAAUUUACUAAAAUCGCAAGAAAAGGUGAAAAUAUUGAGCGAUAAACUCGAGGAAAAAGAACAAGAAGGAAGAAAAUCCACUGAUAAAUUAACAGCACAAGAGGAGGAAUUCACCGCCCUGAAAUCGAGCGUUGAAAAAUGGAACGAGAGCGUUCAGGCCAAGGAUGCUGAAAUUGAAGAUUGUAAAGAAAGACUUAACCAAAAAGACAAAGAGUUGGAGAACUUUCAAGAGGUUGUGAACAGUUUGAAUGCUAAAGUGGAAGGAACCUCUAUGGACUUAGCGACUUCAAAGGAGUUGAACGACAAACUCACGAAACAAAUACAAAAUUUGAAAGUCGAAGUUGAAACUCUGCAAUCGAGUUUGCAAGAAAAAGGAGAGAAUAAUAGCAAUGUUGAAGAGAAAUUACGGGAGCAGUUAGAAGUGGGGGAAGAUUUGAGGUCGAAAGUACGUUCGCUGGAAGAAUUGAUUAAUUGUCACAACGAGGAGAGGGAGAUGCUUGACAAGACUUGUAAACAACGAGACGAAACCAUCGACAAGCUGAAGGAGGAUGUAGAGCUACAAGCAAAAAAUAUAGCAGAUUUUAACGAAAAAGCCGCGUCAAAGGACAACGAAAUAAAGACUUUACAGGAAUUUAACGAAAAAUUGAAUCUGUCCGUCCUAGAAAGGGAAGAAGAGAAUGAGAGACUUCAGCUGGAGAGGAAAGAACUUUGCAGCAAGGUUCAUUCUCUUAAUGAAACAAUUGCUUCUAAGGAGGAGGUGCUGCGAAAAUUGAAGAAAAAGCUGGAGUCGUUUGAACAGCAAACUGCUUCUAUAGAUAAAGAUAUUCUUUUGAAAGAAGAAGAGGUGCAGCAGCUGAGAGCGUUGAAUGAGGAAAAAGAACAUUGUAUCGCUGACGCGGAAUCAAGAAUGGAAGCUCAGCAACUGGAAUUGAGCAAAUUGCAAAAUGAAAUUUCCGAUAAGAAUCAAACGAUUGAAUACAAAGACGAAGAACUUCAGAAAUAUAAAGAAGCAAUGGAGGAAAACGCUGCGCGAAUCUCGUCCCUUGAAACGAGUAUUCAAUCACUGAACGCAGCCCUCGAAGCGAAAGCAAUGGAGGUGAAAAAUCUUGAGGUUCAGCUGAGCGAAAAGCGAACAGAAGUGGAGUCUGUGCAAAAUGCCAUGUCCAAUUUGAGUAGCGAGAUGGAAUCAGGCGCUCGAGAAGUCUAUGAGUUUACAAACAGGAUAGAGGAACUACAAAAAGAACUGGAAACCAUCGCGGAGGCUAGAGAUGCAUUGGAGAAAGAAAAUAAAGAGAAAGAUGAUAAAAUGAACAAGUUCAAACAAGUCGCGUUAAAGGCGAAGAAAGAGCUGGAGAAUCACAAGAAACAGUGGAAGGAUGAAAAGGACGAACUGACUUCCACAAUUCAAGAACUGAGAGAAGACGCCCAAACAUUGAACGCUAAGUUUGUUGAGCAGCAAGAAGAAACUCUAAAACAAGGCAAUGAGUAUCAGGUAGAUUUAUCUGGAAGACUAGCGGAAAUCCAAUCUGGUCAACUGUCCACUGAAUCGCAACAUUAUCAACAGCUUUCUGAACUCCAAGAAAUUAAUACCGGCUUACAGCAGGAUAAUCAAAACUUGAAGGAAACGGUCAGUACACUGAAUACAUCUUUUGAGGAAAAAGGAAGCGAACUUACUGAGGCAUUGUGUGAACUUGAAGAAAGCAAGAAAGAAGCGGAAAAACUGAACUCCGAACUUAACGCGCUAAAAGAAUCUCUUGUGUCAAAGGAUAAAGAACUUGCGGAAUUGAGAGAGAGAUUGAACGUCUUUCAUGUGGAAAAGGAGACCAUGAGUCAGUCUGUGGGCCAACUGAGUGAGAACUUACAGGGAUUGAGCAGCGAGAAGGAAGAGCUAGCCUUGACUAUCGAGAGUUUGAACAAGAAUUUGGAAGAGAAGGAUAAUCGAAUAACUGAGUUAUCAGCGAGUCUUGAACAGCAGAAAAAUGAACUGGAGACGCUUAAGGAGAGUUUUAACGGUGUUUCCGAGAAGUUGGGAAGUAAAGAGGAAGAGUUUAAGAAAGCUGUUAAAGCUGUGAAACAACUGAAGCAGAAUUUACUAAAAUCGCAAGAAAAGGUGAAAAUAUUGAGCGAUAAACUCGAGGAAAAAGAACAAGAAGGAAGAAAAUCCACUGAUAAAUUAACAGCACAAGAGGAGGAAUUCACCGCCCUGAAAUCGAGCGUUGAAAAAUGGAACGAGAGCGUUCAGGCCAAGGAUGCUGAAAUUGAAGAUUGUAAAGAAAGACUUAACCAAAAAGACAAAGAGUUGGAGAACUUUCAAGAGGUUGUGAACAGUUUGAAUGCUAAAGUGGAAGGAACCUCUAUGGACUUAGCGACUUCAAAGGAGUUGAACGACAAACUCACGAAACAAAUACAAAAUUUGAAAGUCGAAGUUGAAACUCUGCAAUCGAGUUUGCAAGAAAAAGGAGAGAAUAAUAGCAAUGUUGAAGAGAAAUUACGGGAGCAGUUAGAAGUGGGGGAAGAUUUGAGGUCGAAAGUACGUUCGCUGGAAGAAUUGAUUAAUUGUCACAACGAGGAGAGGGAGAUGCUUGACAAGACUUGUAAACAACGAGACGAAACCAUCGACAAGCUGAAGGAGGAUGUAGAGCUACAAGCAAAAAAUAUAGCAGAUUUUAACGAAAAAGCCGCGUCAAAGGACAACGAAAUAAAGACUUUACAGGAAUUUAACGAAAAAUUGAAUCUGUCCGUCCUAGAAAGGGAAGAAGAGAAUGAGAGACUUCAGCUGGAGAGGAAAGAACUUUGCAGCAAGGUUCAUUCUCUUAAUGAAACAAUUGCUUCUAAGGAGGAGGUGCUGCGAAAAUUGAAGAAAAAGCUGGAGUCGUUUGAACAGCAAACUGCUUCUAUAGAUAAAGAUAUUCUUUUGAAAGAAGAAGAGGUGCAGCAGCUGAGAGCGUUGAAUGAGGAAAAAGAACAUUGUAUCGCUGACGCGGAAUCAAGAAUGGAAGCUCAGCAACUGGAAUUGAGCAAAUUGCAAAAUGAAAUUUCCGAUAAGAAUCAAACGAUUGAAUACAAAGACGAAGAACUUCAGAAAUAUAAAGAAGCAAUGGAGGAAAACGCUGCGCGAAUCUCGUCCCUUGAAACGAGUAUUCAAUCACUGAACGCAGCCCUCGAAGCGAAAGCAAUGGAGGUGAAAAAUCUUGAGGUUCAGCUGAGCGAAAAGCGAACAGAAGUGGAGUCUGUGCAAAAUGCCAUGUCCAAUUUGAGUAGCGAGAUGGAAUCAGGCGCUCGAGAAGUCUAUGAGUUUACAAACAGGAUAGAGGAACUACAAAAAGAACUGGAAACCAUCGCGGAGGCUAGAGAUGCAUUGGAGAAAGAAAAUAAAGAGAAAGAUGAUAAAAUGAACAAGUUCAAACAAGUCGCGUUAAAGGCGAAGAAAGAGCUGGAGAAUCACAAGAAACAGUGGAAGGAUGAAAAGGACGAACUGACUUCCACAAUUCAAGAACUGAGAGAAGACGCCCAAACAUUGAACGCUAAGUUUGUUGAGCAGCAAGAAGAAACUCUAAAACAAGGCAAUGAGUAUCAGGUAGAAGCAAAUCAAAGCAGCUUGAUGAGCUUGGAAAUGGAGGAUUAUCAGAAAUCCUUGGAGGCGCUUCAAACCAAACUUGCGGAGAAAGAGAAGGCAUUACAAGAUUCACAGGACGAGGUGUCUAGAGUGGACAAGAGAGCAGACGACUUCAAAACACAGAUCGAAAUGGUUGACAGUCAACGGCAACAAGCUGAGGAGAGAGCGCUGAAAAUGAAGUCUAUGCUGGUGAAAACAAAGAAAGAACUCACAGAAGCCAAGAAGCAGACAAUGGAACAGGAUGUAAUCGAAUCAAGGUUGAAAGGACAAUUGGAAUCCGCCACUCAACAGGCAGAGCAAUACAAGGUGGAGUUGUCUUCUCUAACGGCCGAAAGCCAAAGCUACCAGCAACAACUUCGUUCAUCGACAGAGAGCAACAAACGCAGUGUAGAGACACUGGAGGCUAAGCUAACCAAAAUGAAGGCAGAAUGGGAAAGCUCCAAACUGGCCCAUGAAGCCACGCGGGCCGAGUUUGAAAGCUACAAGACUCGUGUCCACAGUGUCCUCAAACAACAGAAGACUAAACCCACCCCUCAGCCGCCUGAACUGGAGAACUCCGAAAGAACGCGUUUGGAGCAGGGUAUUGAACAGAUGAAGAGCAAACUACAAGAAGCGAAGUAAGUAAUGUUGGGUCUUUGGUCCUGAAAAAAAAAAAAAAACUAUAUUGUUAAAUCAUAGAUUGCGGGUUGUUAUACUAUUUAAACAUCACGGUUUGUCAAGACAAACAAGCAUGAAACUCAAAUACGAGCAAUUUCACUUCCGUAGUCAAGAUUGUCCGACAGUGAUUCUCUAAUAGAAGAUAUUACGAGUGUUGUAAAAUUAACAAUAUGAUAUACCGGAUUUUCUCGAUUAAACGCACCCGGGGUUUAUUUGACUUUUGCAGUGUUUUCGAGGCUGGAGUUUAUUAGAAUUUUUAUUCACUAUUUUUUAGAGCUAAAGAUCUUAUGAUUAUAUCUAAAGUUUAUUAUUCCUGGAAUAUUAAUUCCUCAAGGAGUCCUUUUUACCAAUCUCGGGGAGCGGGAUAGCGCAGUGGUGAGAGUGCUCUUCUCCCACCAAUGUGACCCGGGUUCGAUUUCGGCCUGGUGCCAUGUGUGGGUUGAGUUUGUGGUUGGUUCUCGCCUUGCUCCGAGGGUUUUACUCCGGUUUCUCCAGUUUUUCUUCGUCCACAGAAAGCAACAUCUCAAAAUUCCUAUUAUAUUCGACCAGGAUAGAGGAACCCCAUGAAAAGG